CGUCAUUUCAUUUAACUCACGUCGGUUUACGGCUUCGAUUGCCGUAGAGAAUUUGUUAAUUUCACUAUGGAAUCCUUCAAAAUCUUCGCGUUUUUUACACCAUCGACGUUCAAAAACCACACAAAACCAUAAUGGAAUAACCAACGUUUACGUUCAAUUUGCCGACCGCCAAAGAAAAGGGAUUUUAGUACAAUAAACCGACGUUUGAAAUCAAGCCAUUUUUGCCGGCAUCGGUAAAGGGUUCGUGUAUUUUCUUGGGGAAGAAAUGCAAGGGAAAUCACAUAGACCAGGGGCAGGACGAAACUAUAUACCGUAUCCUUUUAAAUAUGGAUUAUAUACGAGUGUUAUGUCUUUCUAUAACGGCGAUCGGCAGUAUAUUCUGGCAUGUAUUGUGUCCUGAAAAUACACACUACUUUAUUACUUAAAUGUGUUCAUAGGUACAUGUGAUUUUGUAUACAAAUAUAGUGAUCGAUUGUGAAACUUAACUAAAUCUUUAUAGAAAUACAAGAAAUACUCAUAUACCAAGUAAGUUUUAUCUCUCUGUUGAGUGCAGGCUUGAAAUUUUAGUCCAGUUGGCACGAUGAGUGUUUAUAUACUUUGAAUGAAUUGAAUUUGAUGUAAAUUUUGUCGCUUUCAGGCGAAACGCAGCUACGAAGUCAACAGGGAUAUCAUCCAGUACAGGUUAGAUCAACGAUUUAAGAUACUUAUUUUAUUGAAUUAGUUGAUUUAAAGGUCAAAUUAUGUAUAAUCUGAGAUAUUUUAUAAAAAAAGUUUGUGUUGUGAUCAUUGUCUUUUAUAAAGUGCAAUAUCAUUGCCUCACUACCCUGCUGGGAACUAGAGUAUGUUAUUAUCUGUGGGUGGGGUAAACCUCAGAUGUUUUGAAAACAUACAGAUGGCACUUAGUUUUAACAUAGUCAAUAGAAUACAAUGUUACAAAACUUGAUGAAUAUACAAUAGAACUUAUUAUUAUUGUAUAUUUUCAUGUCAGCGUAUGAUGAUUCAUUGUUAUGAGUAUGUUGUAUUUUUGUCCAACCAACCAUGUAGCAAUGUUUUGGUUGCCCAACUAUGAUAUUACAAAAUGAUUAAUUUAAACAGUUGCUUCUUGUUGUUUGGCGAGAAACCGAUAUGCACUACAAGGAAUGCACCUGAUAACAUAUCCAGCCAGAGAUCCGGGCCGGUUCUUGAGAUAAUCUCAUUACCUGGUAUCCGGUUGGAUGUAUAAAAUACUAGAUAUAAUUUAUUCAUGGUUCAGGCUUUUUAGGUUACCCUGCUGGCAGUGGUUUCUGAGGUGAGGAGAAACCACUGCAAGCAAACGAACGACCUUCUAUCGAGCAUGCACGAAGAUUGUGUGAUGCAACGUCGCUAAUUUAACUUCAUUUCCUGUAGUUUGUUAACUGUAGACAAGCAUGGAAUGUCUGUCAGUUUUAAUCAAACGACAUUUUAUUCUACAUGCAGUUCACAGUUUAUCGUUAUUGCCUGUACUAAAAUAUUUUACAAUUGGUGCCUCAUCCAACAAAUUAUGCAUUCGAAUUUCUGUUAUAUCUUUUUCAAUUUUUGUAUUUGUCCGAUCUAUAACAAUUUUUUUAUUUGGUCUACAAACUUUAUUUCUGUUACUUAAUUUAAACAUUGGAGUUGUUUUAACGUUUUUGGUAAAUUCUAAUUUCCAUAGUUUCCAAAUAAUAUAAUAAUGUUUCCAAUUACUGUUCAUUUUGACAAUUAUUGCAAUUUGCGAUUGUUGCGACCUCAAAUGCUUCACGUUUUAACUGGUCAAAAUUGUCUUGACGGCGCAACUAUUUCUGUAAAAGGUUAUUUUUGUUGCAGUGUGGAAUUUAUAGUUAUUCUGUUGAAUGCUAGGUGGUUUUCAAGUCAUUUUAAUGUAUAAUUUCUCACAUUUUAUUUAAUAUUUUGUACAAUUAAGGUAGUAUAUUUAUAGCGUGUUACUAUAUUUAGAGCGUGAUGUUGUUUUUGUACAUCUGGCUUGCAUUUUACCAGCAGUGGCAAGCAUUUACCCAUACACACUACACCAAAAACUUGUCAAACUUGUUUCACCGGUUUCUCAUUUAAUGUAUUCGUCUGUGAAUCUGGAUGGCGGCUACAUGAAACGAUCGUUUGUUUGCUUGCAGUGGUCUCUCCUCAGCUCAGAAACCACUGCCAGCAGGGUAUUUUUAGGUUAGAAAUGAUGUAAUACAAACCAAACUGGUACAAACCAAAAAAAAAUCUGUGUAAGAUGAAGUACUGCCCAUUGUGAAAUUUCGUAUUGGUUAAACAUUUACAUUUAUAUUUCAAAUGCCCCUUGAAAACCCCUAGGAAAAGGAUGAAAAAAGUCCUGGAAAACCCUGGAUUUUUUAAAUUAUGAAGGUGUACGAACCUUGGUAAUAUGUUUUAAAAAGUAUGGGUAUCUGUCAUAGUUUUACUUGAAAUGAUUGUAGAGAUUAGGUGGCAGUAUUUUCAAGCUUUUUUAUGCUUGCUUGCAAGUGUGAGAAAGUGGAUGUGAAAUUGGAACUUUAUGAGCAAACAGGCAUGUUUAUCAAUGUUGGACUGUGAAGUUCUUUCCUAUCAUUUCAAAUCAGUACAUUACAAACAUCACUUUAUGUCCAUUGAAAUGACCAUUAUUAGUCUUGCAUUAUUAGGCCUGAACCUUGUAUAUAACCAGUAUUCCAGUUAUAACCAGUAAUCUGGUAGGAAGAUAUUUCAACACUCCGCAAGGGACAGCAUAUCUGGUAAUAUCCUGCCAAUCUGUAAAAUGCUCUAUCCCCUGCACCUCGACAGGAUAAAGUGAUAAAAUAGGGCACAUCAGGGUACCUAUAGUAACAUUGCCUCAACUAGUAAAGGAAUAAAGUAGAUUUGGCAUGACUCUAUUUUCUAGCAACUCUUUUAAUUAAAUUAAGACUGGUUUCCAUUGAAUUUCAAGAAUUGCACAAUUCACACAAACGCAGGAUUCAGAGCAAUUUCAAUCGCAGGAAAUGGCAACCAGCCUAUUUCUAUGACUCUUGCGAUGCUACAUUGCAAUAUUUACGAGUUACUGGAAACCAGAUUUAAUUUGGCUGUAAUAAAUACAGAGUGUGUAUUAACCUGUGGUAUUAAAACCCUUGAAAAGUUUAAUUUCAAUUAACCCAUUAAGUGCCUGCGAGUAAAAUCUUCUGCCGUUAGACAGAGUAAAUUAAUAAAGUAGGGCGUAAUGCGACUCGAUGGGUUGAGUGAAUCAGCAAUACCAGAUUUUCAGGGUAGAUACUAGAUUUCAAGUUGUUAGUAUUUCAUUGGGUGGUGCUGAAAUUAAAAUUUGAAGCCCUCCACAUGAAAAUGAAAAGACCACAGCAUAUAUUUUGUAAACAUAACGAUGAUGAAUUGCCAUAUAGUUUUUAUUUUCAUUACAAGUGAACCGUAUAGUUUUCAAACUUUUGAAGAAUUGCACAAGUCACACAAUUGCAGAAAUCACAGCAAUUUUGGAAAGCUUGAUAUGACGAUUAAAUAUACAAAUGUAAACGUGAUAUCAAUAAUAUCGAAAAAUAUUGAUAUUCUGAUAUAUCGAACAUUUCAAUAUUGAAUAAUCAGUAUUUAUAAAAAAACGAAUCUAGCUGGUUGCAGUGACAUGAUAUUUAGAAACAUUUUGCAAGCUCUUUCAGUGCAAGGGGGUUCAACAAGUUCAUGAAUUUUGAUUUCCCCACCCGUGGACAAUAAUUUUUGGAAAUGUAAGAAAAAUUUUUCAAAACUCACUGAUUUUGUGGUAAAACCCGACCUGUGAGAAAAGUAAUGUACAUCUUUCCUGAAGUAAGUAUUUUGAUUUGCAAUUUUGGCACACAUGGCAAACAUGUAAUGAAUUUUUAAUGAUUUUAAAACAUUCCAAAUAUUUCCCUAUGAUAAAAAGGGGAUAGCCUCUUCUCCGCCGUUCCUAGCUGAGUCGGAGAGCGAGGGCUUCUGCCCAUCCCUGGGGAGAGUAAGAGCUUCUGCCCAUCCCUGGGCAGAGUGAGAGCUUCUGCCUUUUGCCCUGGAAUAGUCCAGUCCAUGAGGUAAAGCUUUCUGAUUUAGGUAAUACUUCUAGUUGGUUAUAUGUAUAUUCAUGAAAAUAGGCCGUCAUGAUGCAAGGGCAACGUCAAGGUGCUUACCUAGCAGGUCAUCCAAUGGCAAUGCAACCACGUUCAAUGCGGCCAACCAGGGCAAUAUACUCAUCAUCACCUCAAGGACAUUCGCCAAUGCAAGGAUAUAUUCAACAGCAGAAUAUGCAGUAUCAAGUUGUGGGGCAGGUAAGUCUCAAUCAGUAUUAUACCUCAAAUUCAAAUAUUUUAAAGAGAGAACGUCAAAAACUCGGGUAUACAUAAGAAAUUAAAAGUUACUAUUCAGCAAGUUUUAAAGUUUCUUCUGAACUUUAUAGUGGUUUCUUUAACCUUUGGUAUAAUAUAUCAUUUAUAGACCCUCUGCUCGGAGUACUCGUUGAAAUUUUACCUUCAGUGAUGAUAUUUUCCUCGGGGCAAAGCCGGGAAAUAUUAUCACUUCGGGUAAUAUUCUGCCGAAUCUUCCUCGGUCCGAGUCUAUAAAUGAUAAGUAUUCAACAGGGGGCCAGUCAGCCCGGUGGAGAAUAGGACAAUUUAUAUCAGUGAUCACAACUUGCUCACAACUUACAACUAGCCAAAUUAGCCUUAGCUUGCUUAGUUACAGUAUAUACAGUGUAUAUAAAAAUCUACACCGUUCUAAAAUGUUCACGUACUAAACUGAAAAUUCUGCAAAAUCUUUAACAACUUUAUUUUAGUAUGGGUAUAGUUUGAUCUUCUGGUAUUUCUAUCAAAACAGUACUAUGAAAAGUAAAUUUUCAAGCGCGACAGGGCUGUUGUAAAGUGGUUUUAAACUUCACUCAUAGACUGCAAGUUUGCAUCUAUGAAUAUUUUUGUGCGCAAGUCAUCUUUAAUACACCCUUUCGAUAAUUACGUCACGCAUGCACAUAUUUUUUGGUCCUGGAGCCUCGCUCUCAUCAGUAAAUUAUGCAAGGUGAUUGGCUGACGAUUCAUGAGAGCGAGGCUCCCAGGCGAAAUAGUGUAUUAAAGUGGUUUUGGAAAAAGUUGGUAAACCUGUAUGUAUGUCUUGCUCUUUUUUCUCCUAAGCUUCAUAAAUUUAAGGUUUGUGUUUUGCUUUAGGAUCCUUAUGGCCAACCAGUGAUGAGACCUACAUUCAUUCCUAAUGUCCAGCCAGCGUACCAAAUGCAACCGACCACUGCACCAUUUCAACCACAAUAUCACCCACAGCAACAUCAAUAUUAUAACCAAGGAAUGUCCCCUAUGUACUACGCCGUGCAGCCUAACCAACCAAUACAACAGCAACAGCUACCGCAGCCUUCUAACCCCACAAUUCAAACGAAUAAUCUAACCAAACCUAAACCAAAACGAACUAGUAAAAUUGUAAUUCGAGACCCAAAAGACAAUAAAGAUGUCACAGAACAAAUUCUUUCCCACACUAAUGCAGCGAACGGUCGUACUGGAAGCACCCCUCCUUUGACAAAUUCAAUUGCUCAGACAGAGUCCUCUACCAUCCAGGCACAGUUUGCUGCUCAGGUUGCAGCCCGUGUUGGGGGAGAGAAAGGCAAACAGGAUAACGAGAAGAAAGCGGACGAAACAGACAAGGAUAAGGAACUUCAAGCAAGAAGAGACCACGAAAUAAAACCAGAGAUAAAUAAACCAGGAAAUGGAUCAUUAGCUACCGACGAAAUCCAUGCCAAAGAUGUGCCUCCAAACACUAUGGAAGCUCUGCACAAAGUAAACAGUUCAGCAGUUGUUAACAGGACAGAGAGCCCAAAGAAUACUACCGAUAAUACACACUUAAAUCAGGGCUCACCAACGUUGCAAGAGAUGACGGAGAAAUUGAAAAAAACCAUAGAAGUUCAGAACGAGCCGAAAGUUUUGCUUUUACGGCCCGAUAGAGAAGCGACGAUAAAAAAUGGGGCAAGCGAAAUAAAGGAAAAGGCCACAGAAGUUUCAGAUAAAGUACUAGAAAAUAAUGAUAAUGCGGCUGAAGGGAAAACAAGCAAUGAAAAUAUGGUCAGCCCUGGUCCAGUGGAACAGAUAAAGAGUGACAAUAAGGAUAGUGGCUUGGAUAAUGCCCAAAAUGGUGUUGAGGGUACUAAGUCUCUGGAUAGCGAGGCUGCGCAUGCUGAUAUUAGUUCUGAUGAAACUGGAAAGAAGGUUGAAGCCAUAAGUGAUAGCAAAGAGGUCGUAAGUAAGGAAAGUGAGUCUAAACAAGAAGAUAAAAUUCAAAGCCAGGACCAACAAGUGAAACCAGAGGAAAGCCAUAAAGAAAUCUCAGUACAACCAGAGGUGCCCAAACAAGAGCAGGGCGAAAAGCAGAAUGCUGAAGUAAUUCAGCAAAAGCAACCAGAUAAACAACCGCAAGCGGACGGACAACAGCAAGCGGACAAACAACAGCAAGUGGACAAACAACAGCAGCAAGCGGAUAAACAACAGCAGGCGGACAAACAACAACAGCAAGUGGAUAAAGAACAGCCGCAAGAAGACAAACAACAGCCGCAAGCGGACAAACAACAACCGCAAGCGGACAAACAACAACCGCAAGCAGAUAAACAACAACCGCAAGUAGAUAAACAACAACAGCAAGUGGACCAACUACAGCCGCAAGCGGACAAACAACAACAGCAAGUGGACAAACAACAGCCGCAAGCGGACAAACAACAACAGCAAGCGGACAAACAACAACAGCAAGCGGACAAACAACAACAGCAAGCGGACAAACAGCAACAUCAAGCGGACAAACAGCAACAUCAAGCGGACAAACAACAACAAGCGGACAAACAGCAACAGCAAGCAGAUAAACAACAACAGCAAGUAGAUAAACAACAACAGCAAGUGGAUAAACAACAACCGCAAGCAGACAAACGACAACAGCAAGUAGAUAAACAACAGCAAGUGGAUAAACCAGAACAAAAACAAGACAAUCCAAAGCCCCAAGAAAAGCAGCCACAACAACCGCCACAGAAAACAGCAGGUUUGAAAUUCAAACAAUUUCUAUUGAAUAUAUUGUACCAAAAACAAUAAUAUACAGAAGAAUCCUUUGCACAUAGUAAUAUUCCAGGUUAUUUUUUGCAGAACCUCCCAAAAAGAAAUCAUCAAAACAAAGAAUCAAGGAUAUAAAUAAAAAAGAGACUGGGGGAGACUUAAUGGAUGCUUAUACAGAUAAACCACCACCACAAGAGGUAAAUAAACAUGAUUAUUUAUUUAUUUCUAUGAAUAUACCAUUGACAAAUUGGUGUAUUGAUAGAAAAAUUUUCUUAAAUAUACCUGCAUGGUAAUUGUUUAUGAUUUGGUGACUAGACCUUAUGCAUAAUGACGUCACAAGGCUUGAUGCCCGCGAGGUUUGCUGGUCUUAGUAGUCAUUGCCCGGGAAAAUUAAACAAUUCAAAAUGGCCACUAUCGAAAUUUUCCCGGGCGAUGACUAUUAAGACCAGCAUUCCUCGCGGGCAUCAAGCCUUGUGACGUCAUUAUGCAUAAGGUCUAUUGAAUUGCUGGUUAAUGUUAUUUAGUAACUGCAUGUUGUUUAAUUGAUUAAAUAAUUAAUUGGUUGAUUAAUUAGUCAAUUAAAUAGUGGAUAGUUUAUUAAUUAGCUAAUUGUUGCGUAGUUUCAUUAAUUAAUUUAUCGAUUGUUAAUUAGGUUUAUUAGGAUUGUAACUGACAAUUUGUUGGCUUAAUUGAUUAAUUGGUUGGUUAAUUGAUUGAUUGCCUAGUUGAUUGAUUGUUGGUAUUUUUGAUUAGUUGAUUGGUUAAGCUGGUUUAGUGAAUUGACUGUUUGGUUGAUAAAUUGUGAUUGUUUGAACAAUUAUUCAUUGAUUGGGUAGUUAGUUGAUUGAUGGACUGAUUGAUUGCUUGAUUGAUUGUGUUGUUAAUUUAUUGUUUGAUUUACGAUUGAGUGUUUGAUUGUGUGUUUGAUCACUUGAUGGCUUUUUUGAUUAAUUAAUCUUUGUUUACAUCGUUCGUUGGUUAGUUGAUCAAUCCAUUGGGCAGUUCAUUGAAUGAGUGUUUAUCAGUCGAUGGUUUAUUGUUUGACACUUGACAGUGAGAAGGAUUUUUUGUUUGGUCAUUGAUAAGUGAUUUCUACGUUCGUCAGUUGAUUAUUGCAAAUGAGUCAUUGAUUGUUGUAUUAAGUGCAUGAUACUGUAGAUCCACUGGUUGAUUCAAAGUGUACAGUGGCUUUAAAUAAGCCGCCGCGUUCACGCAACACCAGAGCGAGAUUGUUUGAAAACGUCAUUUUUGCCAUAACAAUUUGGGCACGGUUUCUAGACGGAGCGAGAUGAAAACGGGGGGUAAAGACUUACCUAAAUGCUCAUGUUUUGUGAUUGGCUUUCAGAAACAAAAAUGAUCAUUGUUCGUGACUCGUCGUUCUUUAGAAAGACUAUUUCUAUAGUUUUAUUGUCUGUCAUUGUUAUAAUCAACCAACCACGAGGCUGGAUACUAUAUAGGUAGAUGAUGACCCAAAACGGAGCGUUUGGCGGCUUCGUGUGAACACAAACGCCGUUACUUUUUUUACCGCUUGCAAACCAAGCAUCCCGGGUUUCAAAGAAAUAAAUUCGAAUGCUUUUCGUUUCAAUUUAUUUGUCUAUUUGAGAUGUUUUUGGUUUACAUGAGUGCUAAUUUAAUUUGUAAACAAACUGUAAUGGCGUGGUGUGAACACACGUAAAUUCUGCCGGCGUUAUUUCGCUCUGGUGUAGUGUGAACGUAAUGUAAAUGUACAUUUCUAAGGACCUGUUUAUAUGGAGGCGAGUUACCCGGCAAGGCGAGUUACUCGCCCAGGCGGGACAAACAAGCGCUCUGUUUAUAUGGAAUCGAGUUACACACGCAAAAACCGCACAUAUUGUAACAAGUUUCUCAACAAGCCGUCAACAAGUUGUCUUCGCACUGCUUGUCACAAGUUGUCAACAAGUUUGGAACAAGCUGUUAACAAUUUGUAACAACCUUGUUGAUAUUAUCAGACUUGUUACAAGGUUGUUCCAACAAGUCCGAUACAUUCAUGAUAUAGCAGUAUUGUUACAACUUUGUGUCGUCAACCUUGUAACAUUCUUGUUUAUCAUGACUGUAUCAGACUUGUUAGAACACCCUUGUGACAAGUCUGAUAAUGCCAUCAAGCUUGUUACAAGUUGUCAACAGCUUGUUCCAAACUCGAAAAAAACAACUGGGAACAAGGAGUGCGAACACAACUUGUUGACAGCUUGUGAACAGAUUUGAAACAACUUGUUUGCAGACCUGUAACAACUUGUGCGUUUUUUAUACAGUCAUGAUAUAGCAGUAUUGUUACAACUUUGUGUCGUCAACCUUGUAACAUUCUUGUUAUAUCAUGACGACUGUAUCAGGCUUGUUAGAACAACCUUGUGACAAGUCUGAUAAUGCCAUCAAGCUUGUUCCAAGUUGUUAACAGCUUGUUCCAAACUUGUUACAACAACUGGGAACAAGCAGUGCGAAGACAACUUUUGACAGCUUGUGAACAGAUUUGUAAGACUUGAAACAACUUGUGCGUUUUUACGUGUGUAGGCGAUAUCCCGCCUCUUUCUGCCGGGAACUCGCCAAGGCGAGCUACGUCAGCUGCAUCAUGUAAACAGUCACCCGGGAUUACUAUAAGUUUCUAUAAUAGCCGGGAACUGGCCGUUGCCGAGUAACUCCCCUCCAUAUAAACAGGCUCUAAGUGUACCUUAUGGUAGUACAAAAAUUAGUUAAUGAACUAUUGUGGCCAUAAGUGAAACAAAAAUACAAAUAACAACGGAAUACUUGCACAUUUUAAUGCUUCCAGUCAAUCUCAGCUACAUGAUUCAAAUGCAAUGGGUUAUAAUUUUCAGCCUGUUGUCGAGGAAAAAGUCAAGCCAGUUGAGAUCGCUCCAGAGGAAAGUGAGAAACCACUAGAAGAAGAUUUAAGUUGGGAAGACAAGGGAGAGAAGAUUGGUGAUGAGAUUAAAGUGGAGAAAGAAAAUGACACAGGUAUUAUAACUUGAGAAUUAUUGUUACGAAUUAUUGUUAUGUACAAAUCUAUCUUGUAUAACCUAAAUUCGAUCGAGAAAUUUGAAGUUGUAUAACUAAGCGCCCAGUUGAGUUGGAAUAAAAGUGUAGCUAAAUACGAGUGAUUUAUUUAUUAUAUAGUAGCAAGUGAGAUACUGAAAAAUACACAGUGAGAUCGAUAUCUUCACUAGUGAAGAUAUUGAUCACGUGAAUUUUUCCAAUUUGCUUUUGAGCGUGAAAUUUCACAAUUUUUUGCUUGGGACUAUAUAAUAAACAGAACAUUACAUGGUGGCUUGAAGAUCUGACUUUUAUCUUGUCGUGUUAAAAAUAAUAUUUUACUCACUCGCAAAACAAUUUUUUACUCACUCGUAAAAUAUUGUUUUCACCACUCGAAGAUAAAAGUCAUAUCUUCGCGCCGCCGUGUAAUAUCCUCUAUAUAUCCAAAAAGUUGUUCAAAGACCCAGUAGUCAUUGCGCAGUUGAUAAUGUGUACUGUUUCAGGGUGUUAGCUAGCCCAUAUACUGUCCGUUUGACGGACUCUUCCCAAUUGAAGUAGCUAAGGGGCUGUCCCAACUGGGUCUACUGGAAGAUUUUCAUUUUUUCUUAUGAGAAAGUGCAUUGCGUUUGAUUUUAUAUUAUAAUAACAAAGAACGUUUUAUUUACUUUUUCCCAUAAACUAUUUUCUCAAAAUGUAUGCGUUUCAUUCAUAUUGGGUGUGUAUUCACUGAAAUGAAAUGUACAAAACAAAGUGUAAUCGGUGUGCAUCCGUCUUCAUUCACCGGAAAUGAAAUAUACAAAACGAAGUGCCAUCGGGUGCAUUUUUCAGUGUUCAUUCACCGGAAAUGGAAUGUACAAAACCAAGCUACCGUUAUUUGCAUCUAAGGAGAAACACGUUGGAAAAAACACUAUUUAUUCCAACACAAGGACUUUGAUCGGUCAAAAAAACUUUCCCAAUUUACGUGUAACGGACAAAACCCUUUUUUCUGGCUAACACCCUGUGUUUCUAUAUUUUCCAGAAGCGGCAGCACCUGUCGAACAAACGAAACGAAAAUACGAACGUGAUUUCUUGCUGAAGUUUCAAUUCCAUAAAGUGUGUACCGAGAAACCAGAAGGUUUACCCGAUAUUGAAGUUGUUCUGGAUGCUCCGGCUCCGCCAGGCAAAACAGGCGGUUCACAAAGGUAAUUGCUUAGGGGCCAUUCACAAAGGAUGUCCGGCCAAAUGAUGGAUUUUCAGACCCCCCCCCCCUUCCCCCUUGUCCGGCAUUGUCCGAAUUAGUGACCCCCUCCCCCCGGACAUCCGCCGUGCCUCGCAAAAACUCAUGCAAUCUUGUAUAUAUCAAGAGUAAAAAACUUUUACUUUUAGAACUUUUUUAUAACUGUAAAUGUGAACACAAAAACAUAUAAAUUACUAAUUAAAACAAAAUCUAGUGUUAACCGCACAGUCAAAAUGCCAAUUUCACAAUGGGAAGGACUGCUCAAAAUAGAGGGAAAAAGAAAUUUGUUUUUGAAUUUUUUUAAAUUUCGGACAUCCGGAUUGCUAACCCCCCCCCCCCUCUCCCCUAUGUCCGAGUUUGUCCUGAUUUUCCAAACCCCCCUCCCCCCCUUGGCUCGGACAUCCUUUGUGAAUGGCCCCUUAUACCAACUAUAGACUAAAUUUUGAUCUGGGCAAGAAGAACAAGAUCCACUGCUAGAAAGAGCAUGUUAAAAUUAGUAAAGCCCUACGAAAUUUUGUAUUAAUUUGUAUUACGCACGGGAAAAUGCACCACUUUCGUGCCAAAUGUGGUGCAUUUUCCCGCGCGUAAUACAUAGAGGAUAUUACACGGCGGCGCGAAGAUAUGACUUUUAUCUUCGAGUGGUGAAAACAAUACUGAAUAGUGGUGAAGACGAGCGCAGCGAGUGAGUAAAAUAUUGUUUUUAACACGAGAAGAUAAAAGUCGUAUCUUCAAGCCACCGUGUAAUGUUCUGUUUAUUAUUUAGUCCCAAGCAAAAAAUUGUGAAAUUUCACGCUCAAAAGCAAAUUGGAAAAAGUCACGUGAUCGAUAUCCUCACUAGUGAAGAUAUGGAAAAUAUGUCGCCGUGUAUUUUUCAGUAUCUCACUCUCUACUAUAUAAUAAAAAUUAAUACAGAAUUUGCAAAUUUCGCAGGGCUAUAUUUUCCGCAUUUUACAAAUUUUUCGCGGCCAAACUUUUCAAUUUUACUUCGGAUUUUGUUGUUCUUGCUAGAUCAAAAUUUAGUCUAUAGUUAGAAUUCCCUAUUGUUAAGCCCCGGUCGAGUUGGCAAGCGAGAGUUUGCAUGAUAGUUUUCUUGUUUCUCAUGCCCCAACCAAACGAGAACAAGGUGAAUAUGCACCAACAAUCACCGAGCAUGAGGCGAAUAAUUGGUUUAGUAUUUUUACCCAAGUCUUUUGUGUUUUUUUGGGACUGUAUUUAUUUUAAUUUAGCUUAUUUCUUUAUCAGUAACUUCUACAAAACGGCUAGCCGCCAUUUUGCAAAUUUCGGUUUUGUUAUAUUCACCUGUAGGUGAAUAUAACAGGUUAAUACGUCAAAUUCGACCAAUAAACUUGUAGGAGUUGUUAUAUUCACUUGUGCAAAAAUACUAAAUUAUUUAUAGAAUCAAACUUUAUUCUCGUUGGUGGGCAACAAUUCCCGAAUAAUUCUCAAUAUACUUAUUCUGCAUCAUUGACACGCAUCCGGACUGCUUGCUGCAAUAUUUUUGACUUGAAGGCUUACGUGGCAAGUAGACAUUUCCCCUUUUAAGUGAAAUUUUGAUCUAGACAAGUCUGGACAAAAAUUUCACAAAUCACAGCUUGAAAGAGCAUCACAAAAUUAGUAAUAUUCCAAAGUUUCGUUGCGAAAUGUUGUAAAAUGCGGAUAAUAUAGCCUUGCGAAGUUUGUCGUUUUUCAGUCAUUUUGUAUUACAAAUGGGAAAUUGAUAAUCAGAUGAUCAAACUGAUUAUCAAUUUCCCGUUUGUAAUACCAAAUGACUGAAAAACGGCAAACUUUGCAAGGCUAUAUUAUCCGCAUUUUACAACAUUUCGCAACGAAACUUCGGAGUUACUAAUUUUGUGAUGCUCUUUCAAACUGUGAUGAAAUUUUUGUCCAGACUUGUCUAGAUCAAAAUUUCACUUAAAAGGGGAAAGGUCUAUUGAAGCUGACGAAUACGAGAGUAACUACUAAUGGGAAACAACGCUGACUUAUGUAAAACAGCACUGCUGGCGCAAAGCAAAAUAUUUUCCGUGCAAAACUUAGACUUUUUGCCAAAACUGUUUGCAGAUUUCGGUGAAAACAAAAUAUAUUUGGCCAAAAACCAACGAAAAACAAUAUGUGAUAUACUUUUCAUCCUUCGUUCGCCUAUAAAGUUGUUUUUAACAUUUAUUUAUAUUUGAAAAAACUAGGGACAACAGGACUGCAAAAAAUAGCAAAACAUUGUAAGUAGCCUCUAAAAAAGCCUUUGCAUUGUUAUUCGUUUUUGUAAAAGUAUUAAAUCUGUACAUAUUAAUUACAUAAAUAUUUAUUUUAAAUCACUUUAAUGUGCAAUACUUUGUGUGUAGGGCGAUAAGUACAAAAACAAAUUCCGAAAAGUACACACUUUGAAUACCACAAGCAGUUUUAAACGAAAACAAAUUAAAAACAAACUGUAGCCUCUUUAGCGCAUUUGUUUCAAGUAUAUUACUCGCAAACUUAACAUUAAGAGUACUUUUUUGAACAUUUUUCUCGAAAAUACCCGCAAAACCACAGGCAAAACUACAAAAAGAUCGCAUAAAACGCCAACAGACAGUUCUGAAUACUGAUUGGUGGUCGACUCCAUGAACAAUCAUUCUCAUAUUUCCGCCAUCUUGUGACCACGCUUUGUGUGGCCGAGCAAGCAGUCCAGAUAUGUCAAUGUUCUGCACUCAGUUGAUGUAGUGACGUCACACUGAGCUUUUUAGUCUAACCCUUACCCCAAUCCGAUGAAUCUUCUGCGUGACGUCACUGCAUCAACUGAGUGUGGAAAUGAAUAGUUUUCCCCUUUAGUCAGCGUGCAAUGAUUUUCUUAGUUUGGUCCGAAAAAGAUUAUUGCACUCUGUAGACCCCAAGCUCCUAGCGCGAUCGGCAAUUUGUUAAAAAGUCCGCAAAAGUUUAGAAGUCAAAACAAAAUGGCUUAUAGUGGAUUUGCUUAUAUAUCAUGCGUAACCCUUACAUUAUAUCAUGCGUAACCCUUACUUUAUAUCAUGCGUAACCCUUAACUCGUCAGAGAAAGUGCCUGUCACCCCCUGAGAUUGUUGGUUCGAUUCUCGCUACGGACUUGUGUGAAAAGAGUCCGCUGAAAGUCGUCUGUUUUCUCUGGGUGCUAUAGAAAUGUUAAUCUUAAUAUUAAACUACAUUCUUUCCAUUGGCAUUGCAGAGGCGGAUCAGAUUUCUUGCCUUCGUUUGCACGGCAAAAAAGCCAGGUGAGUUUUUAAUGUUCUCAAUGUUAAACGCAAUAACAACGUUAUCUUUUCCUUAGAAUGGUAUGUUAAAAGUAAUUGAAAGUUUUUUCACAAACGUUUCAUUUGUUAAUUAGGGAGGCGGUGGUCGACGUGAUAGCCGUGGAAAACCCCCACCUCGCAAGAUUAUCUCAGCUGCUCCCGCACAUCCAGUUGUGGUAUGCUAUUGAAUAAAUUAGGGGCUGUUCACACUAGCCGGGCCAGCCCGAAUAGCCGGAAUGAAUCGUGUGACGAUUUUUUUUCCUGACCAUAAAAUAUCGUUGGAAUGAACUUUAGAGGGUGUAUAAAAAAAAACACAACCUCGGAAUUUCCUAAGAAAUCCACUUUGCAAUUCUUAAGCAUAAAAGAUUUUAGGCCCCUGGGAAUUGAAAUCGAAUUGCUAAUAGAUCAUAUUACUGUUGUUGUACUGUACUUGUAAAAUAAAAACUCAUUAAGUGUCAUUAAAUAAAUGCAUAAAUUUUGCUUUACGCACUAGCGUGCGCAGUAAGUUUGACAGUUGUGCUAUUUUGAAUUCCCAGGCACCUAAAAUCUUUUGUCCUUAAAACAAUGUCGAUUUCUUGGGAAAUUCCGAGGUUGCUUUUUUUUAUACACCCUGUACACUGCAUGUUACUGAAAUCAAACUAAGCUAAUUUGAAAUGUCAUUUUGAGUGUUUAUAGGCUCUUUACACUUGCAAUUUUUGCUGCAAUUUCUAGUGCGAUUUUCUCCUUUUGAUGCAUGUGAACGAGUAGAUGAGUUGCGAAUGUUCGGAGUACAUGUACCCUCAUCUGAGCAUUCAUAACUUGUCCACUCGUUCACAUGCGUCAGAAGAAGAAAAUCGCAACAAAAAUUGCAAGUGUAAACGGUCCUUACCAAAGCCGUGAUAAGAGCUAUAUUAAACGAAUCCCGGGUAACCUGGCCAGCCCGGCUUUAUGUGAACAGUCCUUUAGUGAGGUGGGAAAUACAACGCCAACCUCAAUGAAGAUGUGAUCAUAAACAAUAGAAUUUUAUUCCAAGGCGAAGGGGACUAUAAAUUAUACAUGGUUACAAUAUAUUCUUGGGUUUCACUACGGCAUUAUGCAGUGAAUCUGACGGGGGGGAGGGGGGAGUCAACCUCAAAUGUAUUGAUGCUUAUGCUGUACCGGAGUGAGAAAAUGAUAUGAAAUUCCACGUAUUUGCCACCAAACACAAGGCUAAUACAUAAAAUGAACAAUCGACUCACUCUGAUAACUGUGUUUUGUUUUAGACUUGACCCCCCCCCCUCCCCUCCUCACUUUUGAGACGUUAUAUGAAACCCAAGAAUAAUGGUUACUUUAAACAAAAUUAUUGUGGGAAAUAACUCGAAUUGCACUUUUUCAAAAUUUUUGCAGUGGUGAUUAAACACUCCUUGCUGCAAUCAUUUGCGACGAAUUUUGUUAAUAUGUGAGAGCAAAAUUACACAUGAUUGCUAUCGUGAGUUUUAUCCCGGGCAACCAGUUUUCAUGUUCAACUUGCUCCGGUGGCAAGUGGUAAAAUUAGUUAAGUUACACCACUGUAAUCAAAGUUUUGUGAAAAUAUAUUUUGAUGACAGAGAUUGUGUCUAUUUCUACAGUUGAAGCAAAGUGAAAAUCGUUGGCAACGACCAGAAGAGAAGGAAAAGGAAUUGUCGGAUGCAGAGAAGAAGUCUGCGGUAUGUUUUUUUCAAUUUUUUGUUAUAUUUAUUAUGUUCUGUUUUGAACGUUUUUUCGUUUGUUAUAUCAGUGGCGGACACUUCCCGAAAUAUUGGGGGGGGGCGAAAUUUUCAACAUAUAUGCCAAGGGGUUUCCGUGUCCGUUUAAUAAACCUUUCCCCUUAUAACCAAAAUUUUGAUCUAGGCAAGUCUAGACAAAUAGCACAGCUUGAAAGAGCAUUACAAAAUUAGUAAUAUUACAAAGUUUCGUUGCGAAAUGUUGUAAAAUGAGGAAAAUAGAGCCUUGCGAAGUUUGCAAUUUUCAGUCAUUUUGCAUUACAAACGGGAAAUUGCAGCCCCAACACCCGAAUCGUAUGUCAAUUUCCCGUUUGUAAUACAAAAUGACUGACAAAAUGACGGCAAACUUCGCAAGGCUAUAUUAUCCGCAUUUUACAAGAUUUUGCAACAAAACUUUGGAAUAUUACUAAUUUUGUGAUGCUCUUUCAAGCUGUGAUGAAAUUUUUGUCUAGAUCGAAAUUUUAGUUAUAAGGGGAAAGGUCCAUUAAUUAAGGCUCUAAGUUAUGCGAAUCUUUCAGAACAUGGGUCACUUGAUGAAAUGAAUAAAGAGUCCCGAGUUGUUCCAUUUGACUGACAUUAGAUACUUUUUCUAAGAUAAUCAAUUAACCAUAUUAACGUUGUUGUUUAAUGUACAGUUAUAUAACUAUCAAUUCUCAUUGUUUAAAAUAUUUUAUCAGUAGAGCUGUAAGGAAUCCUACACAGAACAAAAUAGAUUGUAUAAAAUGCGUAUGUUGUCGCAACAUUGGCAUGCAUUGUACAGAAUCAUAUACUGCUUGUUAUAUUGCUAACUUUAGCUUAAGUUUUAUUUAAUAAUCAUUAUUUAAUAUGACAAUUACGUUAUAAGGGUGUGAUUGCAUGCUUGCCGCUUGCUCCUAAAUAAUGCUUGUGAGUUGUGAUAUUGGGUACCAGACUUUUAUAGGUCUUUCAAAAGCUCAACAAAAUAAAAAUCAUAUUUCUAUAGAGGGAAAUACUUGCAGUUAUAUGAGUAAAAUGUUUAUGGUUUGUGUGACAUUUUUCUGUCCGUCAUUGAAAUGUCUUGAAAUGUCUGCAGUGUCUUGUAAUUAGACACAUUGAUUGACAAUAUAUUACUUCAAAUACCUAGGAAUUAUACCGUAAUGUCGUGGCUAUAUUGAAUAAACUGACUCCACAAAAGUUCAAGACUUUGGUAGAACAAAUCAUGGCACUUAACAUCGAUACACCUGAACGUCUAGAGGGAGUGAUUGACAGAAUAUUUGAGAAGGUAUUGCCCUUUACAUCUCGGGAGAACAGUCAAAACUGAUAUAGAGCUAUCCAUCACAAAUGAAAAUGUUAGUUUAGUACAGCUUUCCUCGUGCAGUAAACACUGGACCAUUUACGGGCGGUUCUUACUGCACCUCGUGGGCUCGAGAGAACAGUUUAGAACUGAUAGGGCUAUCCUGUAUAAAUAAUGUUACUUUCGUUUGUAUCAAUAUCUGUAAAAACAGAUUGGUUGAAAUGACCAAUUUAAAUUGGUUGUCUCAGACGCAUCUCUCUUUGACCAAUUUUAUUUGGUCAAAUCCAAGAUAAUACUGGUUGUUUAAACCAAUUUUUUUUGUUGUUUUAACCAAUAAAAAUUGGUUAAAUGAAUGCGUCUGAGAAAACCAAUUUAAAUUGGACAUUUCAACCAAUCUGUUUUUACAAUCACUGGAUCUACAGUUAGAAGGGAUAUACAUGCUACAGAAACCUAUUUCCUCCCGUAGUAUUAAAUAAUGGACCGAUAAGGAAUAGCACUUAUUAGACCUCUGGUGAGAACAGUUCAGAAAUGGUAGAGCUGUACACACACUGCAAUUGCAGUUACUGUAGUCAAUUCUUGUUUUUAAUUAAAACAUGUUAUAAUCUUGCAAUGUUUUUUCUUCUAGGCAAUAGGCGAACCAGUGUUCAGUGUUGCUUAUGCAAACAUGUGUCGAUGUCUAUUCUAUGUAAUGUUUAAUGUUUUACUUUUGAGUUGUUGUAAAAUUACAAACAAUAAAAUAAUCAAUUUCUCAAAGUACUUAAAUACAAAUUACUAGUAUUUAAAGAGAAAUUCAACCCAUUCGGGUUGAUUUUAUUUAUGGAUGUUUCUUACCACAGUAUAAAAAACCUGAUAUUGCGCUGAUUAUAAUUUUAUUUUUAUGUACAGAUAAAAGUUGCUGAUGCUGAAGGAAAAGACGUGUCGUUCCGUAAAUUGUUAUUGAAUCGAUGUCAAAAGGAAUUUGAAAAAGAAAAACAGGACGAAGAAAAGUUUGCAGAGAAACUUAAACAACUUGAAGGAUUGCCGGUAAGAACUCUUGUAACUUUUGUUGAAGUGUUUUAAAGGCAUAGUGCUUUCCACAGACGAGCAAAUAUUUUGUUGACAAGAUUUUGUUGACAAGUUUUCCUUGACAAGUUUUUUUGACAUAUUUUUCUUGACAACUUUUCCUUGACAAGUUCUCUUGAUAAAUUUUCCUUGACACAUUUCGCAUCUAGGAAGAGGAAAUAAAGGCUAAAAAGGAGGAAAUGGACGGGGCUAUAGCGACGAAUAAAAGACGGAUGUUGGGAAAUAUCAAGUUUAUUGGAGAAUUAUUUAAACUAAAGGUAAGUUAGUUCAAAUGUGUAGCUAUAUAUGUUGAAUUUAUAUCGAUAUCGACAUUUAUAUCGAUACAUUCGGCUCGUUUCAGGCAGCGUACUCUUCAUGCAGGAUUCGUAUAUACAAAACUUGAAAAUCCUUGAAAAUCCUUGAGUUUAUUAUGAAGUGCUUGAAGUUGAAAGUCCUUAGGGUUACAGAACACCUUUGAGUGUUAAUUUUGCCUAAAUUUUUUUACUUUUUUUGCCAAGCCGUUUUUAAUUUUAAACGUAUGCAACGUAAAAUACCGGUAUAAUCUGCUAGUAAGCUAAUGAGAUAUCGCGAUGUAAAUGCACGUGCUUGGAAUUUUACACACACCGACACACAUACGUUAAUUUGGCUAAUCUAUAAACAACACUAAAAAAGUUAGUUUUGAGAGUAUUUGCUUUAUAGUUAUAUUAAUUUACACUAAGUGACACAAGUUACUCCAAUUUAUAAUUACACAAUAAGUUAAAACAUUUAUGAAUUAAUAAUAAUUACAUGGAUAAAAUGUUGUUUUUCGCAUGGACAGUUCUGAGUUCACUUCAGUUGUUAAUGUUUGACCGGGAGAAUAUUGCACUUGACCGGUGAAUUUCACUUUUCCCUGGUCAUGCACUAUGACCGCCAAUUAGUUACAGAAAUUAUUUGCAGCGCUGUAACCUCUAUGCAGAACAGUUAUAGUGGGGUCUGGAGCAGUAAGGAGAUGUUAUUACUGGGGUCUGGGCAGUAAGGAUUGACCUGAUUGAAAUACCUAGGGAAAAUAAAGUUAGUUUAGUUUUGUUUCCUCCUGUAGCAACACUGGAAAGUGUAUUAUUUUUAUAUUUCAGUUGUUAACAGAGAACAUUAUGCAUGACUGUAUAUUUAAACUGCUUCGUGCUGGCGACGAAGAAAGUUUGGAAAGCAUGUGCAAGUUGCUGUUCACCAUUGGCAAAGAUCUUGAUUCCGAUAAAGCAAAGGUAAUUCACUUUUUGUAAAAGAAACUUGGUGCUUUGUUAAUACCUCCAUGGAGAACGGA